CCGUGCGCGUUGAUAUGAUUGGCCGGCGAAGAGUGGCUCUCUUUUCCUCCCUGGCUGCUUGAGCGUCGACCGCCAUCAUGAACGACACAGUAACUAUCCGGACCAGGAAGUUCAUGACGAACCGACUACUUCAGAGGAAACAAAUGGUCAUCGAUGUCCUUCAUCCUGGGAAGGCAACAGUACCAAAGACAGAAAUUAGGGAAAAACUAGCCAAAAUGUACAAGACCACACCAGAUGUCAUCUUUGUAUUUGGAUUCAGAACUCACUUUGGUGGUGGCAAGACAACUGGCUUUGGCAUGAUUUACGAUUCCUUGGAUUAUGCAAAGAAAAAUGAACCCAAACAUAGGCUUGCAAGGCAUGGCCUGUACGAGAAGAAAAAGACAUCAAGAAAGCAGCGAAAGGAACGCAAGAACAGGAUGAAGAAAGUCAGGGGGACUGCAAAGGCCAAUGUUGGUGCUGGCAAAAAGAAGAAAUGAAGUGUCUAGCAGUGAGCUGGAGAUUGGAUAACAGCCGAAGGAGUAAAGAUUCUGCAGUGACGUUAUCUGCAGCCAUCACGUGGAUUUUUCACAGGAAGAUUAAUAAACUUAAAAACUUU